GGAAGAUGGUGGGGCGCUCUGAGGGAAGAGCCCGGAGCCAUUUGCCUUCUCAUUGGUUGGGACCUGGCCCUCCCUCUUGGCCACGCCCCCUAGUUUCCUGACACCCCUCCAACCUUAACCUUAAGCCCCGCCCAUUCCCCCGAAAUUGGGUCGCAGUCCCGCCCUCUCUCCUAGUACUUCCUGUUCUCUGCUAACCCUGGCGCUGGGCCGGGGGCUGGAGAGUGACCGUGGUCUGAGUGACCUGGGGCGGCUGCGCGGGCCGUGGUGGGCCUCAAAGCCGGGCACCAGACGGGAGGGGCGGCGCUUGGGCCGCGCGCUGCCCGCGCCGGGUCCCGGCGGGCGGCGAGGCUGGGGCUGACUCCUUCCUCAGGAUGCCGGGGGAGGAGGAGGAGCGGGCCUUCCUGGUGGCCCGCGAGGAGCUGGCGAGCUCCCUGAGGAGGGAUUCCGGGCAGGCGUUUUCCCUGGAGCAGCUCCGGCCGCUACUAGCCAGCUCUCUGCCGCUAGCCACCCGCUACCUGCAGCUGGACGCCGCACGCCUGGUCCGCUGCAACGCUCAUGGGGAGCCCCGAAACUACCUCAACACCCUGUCCACGGCCCUGAACAUCCUGGAGAAAUAUGGCCGCAACCUUCUCAGCCCUCAGCGGCCUCGGUACUGGCGCGGCGUCAAGUUUAAUAACCCUGUCUUUCGCAGCACGGUGGAUGCUGUGCAGGGGGGCCGAGAUGUGCUGCGAUUAUAUGGCUACACAGAGGAGCAGCCAGAUGGGUUGAGCUUCCCCGAAGGGCAGGAGGAGCCAGAUGAGCACCAGGUUGCUACAGUCACACUGGAAGUACUGCUGCUUCGGACAGAGCUCAGCCUGCUAUUGCAGAAUACUCACCCAAGACAGCAGGCACUGGAGCAGCUGUUGGAAGACAAGGUUGAAGAUGAUAUGCUGCAGCUUUCAGAAUUUGACCCCCUAUUGAGAGAGAUUGCUCCUGGCCCCCUCACCACACCCUCUGUCCCGGGCUCCACUCCUGGUCCCUGCUUCCUCUGUGGUUCUGCCCCAGGCACACUGCACUGCCCAUCCUGUAAACAGGCCCUGUGUCCAGCCUGUGACCACCUGUUCCAUGGACACCCAUCCCGUGCUCAUCACCUCCGCCAGACCCUGCCUGGGGUCCUGCAGGGUACCCACCUGAGCUCCAGUUUACCUGCCUCAGCCCAACCACGGCCCCAGUCGACCUCCCUGCUGGCCCUGGGAGACAGCUCUCUUUCUUCCCCUAAUCCUGCAAGUGCUCGUUUGCCCUGGCACUGUGCUGCCUGUGCCAUGCUAAAUGAGCCUUGGGCAGUGCUCUGUGUGGCCUGUGAUCGGCCCCGAGGCUGUAAGGGGUUGGGGUGGGGAACUGAGGGUCCCCAAGGAACUGGAGGCCUAGAACCUGAUCUUGCACGGGGUCGGUGGGCCUGCCAGAGCUGUACGUUUGAGAAUGAGGCAGCUGCUGUGCUAUGUUCCAUAUGUGAGCGACCUCGGCUGGCCCAGCCUCCCAGCUUGGUGGUGGAUUCCCGAGAUGCUGGCAUUUGCCUGCAACCCCUUCAGCAGGGGGAUGCUUUGCUGGCCUCUGCCCAGAGUCAAGUCUGGUACUGUAUUCACUGUACCUUCUGCAACUCGAGCCCUGGCUGGGUGUGUGUUAUGUGCAACCGGACUAGUAGCCCCAUUCCAGUACAACAUGCCCCCCAGCCCUAUGCCAGCUCUUUGGAAAAGGGACCCCCCAAGCCUGGGCCCCCACGACGCUUUAGUGCCCCCCUGCCCAGUUCCUGUGGAGAUCCUGAGAAGCAGCGCCAAGACAAGAUGCGGGAGGAAGGCCUUCAUCUAGUGAGCAUGAUCCGGGAAGGGGAAGCUGCAGGUGCCUGUCCAGAGGAGAUCUUCUCGGCUCUGCAGUACUCGGGCACUGAGGUGCCUCUGCAGUGGUUGCGCUCAGAACUGCCCUACGUGCUGGAGAUGGUGGCUGAGCUGGCUGGACAGCAGGACCCUGGGCUGGGUGCCUUUUCCUGUCAGGAGGCCCGGAGAGCCUGGCUGGAUCGUCAUGGCAACCUUGAUGAAGCUGUGGAGGAGUGUGUAAGGACCAGGCGAAGGAAGGUGCAGGAGCUCCAGUCUCUAGGCUUUGGGCCUGAGGAGGGGUCUCUCCAGGCAUUGUUCCAGCACGGAGGUGAUGUGUCACGGGCCCUGACUGAGCUACAGCGCCAACGCCUAGAGCCCUUCCGCCAGCGCCUCUGGGACAGUGGCCCUGAGCCUACCCCUUCCUGGGAUGGGCCGGACAAGCAGAGCUUGGUCAGGCGGCUUUUGGCAGUCUACGCACUCCCCAGCUGGGGCCGGGCAGAGCUGGCACUGUCACUGCUGCAGGAGACACCCAGGAACUAUGAGUUGGGGGAUGUGGUAGAAGCUGUGAGGCACAGCCAGGACCGGGCCUUCCUGCGCCGCUUGCUUGCCCAGGAGUGUGCCGUGUGUGGCUGGGCCCUGCCCCACAAUCGGAUGCAGGCCCUGACUUCCUGUGAGUGCACCAUCUGUCCUGAUUGCUUCCGCCAGCACUUCACCAUCGCCUUGAAGGAGAAGCAUAUCACAGACAUGGUGUGCCCUGCCUGUGGCCGCCCCGACCUCACCGAUGACACACAGUUGCUCAGCUACUUCUCUACCCUUGACAUCCAGCUUCGAGAGAGCCUAGAGCCAGAUGCCUAUGCAUUGUUCCAUAAGAAGCUGACCGAGGGUGUGCUGAUGCGGGACCCCAAGUUCUUGUGGUGUGCCCAGUGCUCCUUUGGCUUCAUAUAUGAGCGUGAGCAGCUGGAGGCAACUUGUCCCCAGUGUCACCAGACCUUCUGUGUGCGCUGCAAGCGCCAGUGGGAGGAGCAGCACCGAGGCCGGAGCUGUGAGGACUUCCAGAACUGGAAACGCAUGAACGACCCAGAAUACCAGGCCCAGGGCCUAGCAAUGUAUCUUCAGGAAAACGGCAUUGACUGCCCCAAAUGCAAGUUCUCAUACGCCCUGGCCCGAGGAGGCUGCAUGCACUUUCACUGUACCCAGUGCCGCCACCAGUUCUGCAGCGGCUGCUACAAUGCCUUUUACGCCAAGAAUGGGUUCCUGAGAGGCCAGGACCCCAGCAGUCUCCAACUUCCUCUCUCCCAUCUGGGUUUCUGCCAGAAAUGUCCAGACCCUAACUGCAAGGUGAAAAAGUCCCUGCAUGGCCACCACCCUCGAGACUGCCUCUUCUACCUGCGAGACUGGACUGCUCUCCGGCUUCAGAAGCUGCUACAGGACAAUAACGUCAUGUUUAAUACAGAGCCUCCAGCUGGGGCCCGGGCAGUCCCUGGAGGUGGCUGCCGAGUGAUGGAGCAGAAGGAGGUUCCCAGUGGGCUCAGGGACGAAGCUUGUGGCAAGGAAACUCCAGCUGGCUAUGCCGGCCUGUGCCAGGCACACUACAAAGAGUAUCUUGUGAGCCUCAUCAAUGCCCACUCGCUGGACCCAGCCACCUUGUAUGAGGUGGAAGAGCUGGAGACGGCCACUGAGCGCUACCUGCACGUACGCCCCCAGCCUUUGACUGGAGAGGAUCCCCCUGCUUACCAGGCUCGCUUGUUACAGAAGCUGACAGAAGAGGUACCCUUGGGACAGAGUAUCCCCCGCAGGAGGAAGUAGCUGAGGGCAAGGGUCCCGAUGAGGGUCCCAUGGCCUGCUCCCUCAAGAACAGCUCCAGCACCAAUAAAGAGGCAUCUUACCACCCA